AUGGCGUCGACACGGAUCGACCCUGACUUCGAUCGCUAUUUCCAGACUAUGGACUGGAUGGACGGUGACUUUAUUCAUGAGCAAAGCCCACCUCAGCAUGGGGCGGAGCCUGGUAGAGCUUAUCACAGCCCAACAUCUACCAACCACUCUCAUGGGCCUUACAUACCAGAGGCAUCGGAAUGUGCCAGCCAGAAUGCAUGGCACUUCCCGCGUGGUCAAAACGUUUCGCUUCAGUCAUACCACGGCGUCAACGGAGGUCCAUCCCAACACGAGCCGGUGCCACACAAUUUCGAUCAGAGGUCUUCCAGGGCUCAAGCAACUACGGGCUUGCUUCAUCAAAGCUCCUCUGGCCUACCAGCAAGCCAUGUGGCUCCGGCGAAUGGCGAGGCCGACCGGGAAGUAUCAUUCUCUCUAUCAGGCCAACGCACAAGAAGAAGCACGGUUGUCGAGGUUUCUUGGCUAGCUUCUUCUUCUGACAACCUUCCAGAAGGAGCAUACCAGGACCCUUCGGAUGCGGUUGGAUAG